CACACUUGAGAAGGGUAAACAGCUCUUACCUCAUGGACGCAGAUCCAGCGUUCACAGUGGGCUGGACGCUGAACACAGCUACAUAUUUGCCUGCUCUGGGGUGGAUCUAAAGAGGAACCAUCAUGGCAGGCGACAUGUUGUUGCUGAUGCGAGGCCUUGCUAGGCUAAGCCAGGCUGUGAUCGAGACCCAGACCAACUCUCUGCGCAGUGGAGGAGUACAGACUAUGCAAAUGACAGCUGAACAGGCCAUGGGUGUCGCCAUGCAGAAGAUCCAGGAGUUCACAGGCAGUCAACAGAGCGUUUCUGAUUUCAGCGCAGACAUGGAAUCCAAGUAUGAUUUCACAUCUUCGGAGCAGAACUUUGAGAGUGCAGCACACGGAGGUUUGGACAGUGACUCAGUUUUCAGGGACGCUAACACAGGUGCCGCGCACACGUACAGCCAGGCACCGGGAAGAUCUAAGCUAUUUGAAGGUUACAAAGACCCAACCAGCCAAUUCACUGGAAACACUCGCUCAUAUCAUCAAGAUCACUCUUCUGUGGGAGGCAUCACCGCUGAGGACAUCGAGAAAGCCAGGGAGGCGAAACAAAACGGCUCCAAACCACAUAAACAAAUGCUCAGUGAAAGAGCGAGAGAGAGGAAGGUACCAGUCACACGGCUGGGGAGACUAGCCAAUUUUGGAGGUCUUGCUGUGGGGUUGGGUAUUGGAGCAUUGGCAGAAGUGGCAAAGAAAAGCCUCAGAUCAGAAGAUAAGAAUGGAAAUAAGAAGGCAGUUUUGGACAGCAGCCCUUUCCUAUCGGAGGCAAAUGCGGAGCGUAUCGUCCGGACUCUGUGUAAAGUGCGUGGAGCGGCACUCAAGCUCGGCCAGAUGCUCAGUAUACAAGAUGAUGCAUUCAUCAACCCACAGCUGGCCAAGAUUUUUGAGCGUGUGCGACAGAGUGCUGACUUCAUGCCUAUCAAGCAAAUGACGAAAGCUCUGAGCAAUGACCUGGGCCCGAACUGGAGGGAUGAACUGGAGAUGUUUGAGGAAAGACCUUUUGCUGCGGCCUCCAUUGGUCAGGUCCAUCUGGCCAGGAUGAAGGACGGUCGAGAGGUUGCCAUGAAAAUACAGUACCCUGGAGUUGCACAGAGCAUCAACAGUGACGUCAAUAACCUGAUGACGGUCCUCAGCAUGAGCAAUGCACUUCCUGAAGGUCUGUUCCCGGAGCAUCUAAUAGAUGUGAUGCGGCGUGAGCUGGCGCUGGAGUGCGAUUACAUAAGAGAAGCCAAGUGUGCUCGCAAAUUCAAGGAGCUUCUGAAAGAUCACCCCUUCUUCUACGUGCCGGACGUCAUCAGUGAGCUGAGCAGUCAACACGUCCUCACCACUGAACUGGUGCCCGGCUUUCCUCUCGAUCAGGCUGAAGCACUCACACAAGAGCUCAAAAAUGAGAUCUGUAAAAACAUCCUGAAUCUGUGUCUGAGGGAGCUCUUUGAGUUCAGAUACAUGCAGACGGAUCCCAACUGGUCCAAUUUCUUUUAUGAUCCACAAACACACCGGGUUGCUUUACUUGACUUCGGUGCGACGAGAGGGUUUGAUGAGAGUUUUACUGAUGUUUAUAUUGAGAUCAUUAAGGCUGCAGCAGAUGGUAAUCGAGAAGGAGUGUUGAAGCAAUCCGUAGACAUGAAGUUUUUGACUGGUUAUGAGUCAAAGGCCAUGGUGAAUGCACACGUGGAUGCAGUGAUGAUCCUAGGCGAGGCGUUUGCGUCAGAGGAACCGUUCGACUUCGGAGCUCAAAGCACCACAGAGCGCAUCCACAACCUCAUCCCUGUCAUGCUGAAACAACGGCUCAUCCCUCCGCCAGAAGAAACCUACUCUCUGCAUCGCAAGAUGGGUGGCUCCUUCCUCAUCUGCUCGCGUCUCAAUGCUAAGAUAAGCUGCAAAAACAUGUUCGAAGCGGCAUACAGCAAUUACUGGAGCGGCCGCAAAAAAGGACCAAGCCAAUGACCGACGGGGGCUUGUCUGUAUAAAAAGAAACUCUGAUAAGCACAAAAUCGUCGGGCCAAUCACUCGAAUGUAAAACGAACGGCACUUUUGUCUCAACCGACUCAACCGUACCACCAUACGUGUUCGCUUUUUUGGCUUUCGUUUUUUUUUCCCCCUCCUUUUGAGUGUGUUAAUGGGGAAAUAUUAUCCAUGGUCGUGUGAUUCAAAGAGCGCUUUUCUGACUGAUGUUUUAAUGUGCCUACGGAAAUCCAGGAAAGUUGGUUAUUCGUCAGGCAUGGUUAAUUGAUUGGCUGUUGAACAUUUCAUAUCCAAGCCAACAGUUGGUUUUGUUUCCGGGAUCUUGGACUUAAGUUUGUGAGGAUUGGCUCCCUGAAAUCAGUGUAUUAACUUUAAGGGAAAUUUGCAUUAUUUUUCUCUUUCUGGUUUGUGAAUUUUUGCGCACAAGUUUGGCCAAAGUAUGAUAAAGGGAAGCUCCUGAAAGAUGAGAUCGGAAAAUGAUCACAUAUGUUAUCUACUGUAGGUUGGUUACACAAGCUUGCUUGUUUUAGCCGGUAAAAAAUACAACAUCUUUGUCAUGAUGCAUUUUAAAAAGCCUGGAUGUUAAAUAUGAUAAGGAAUCACUUCUCUGAUGUGUGCGAGAUGUCUAUGAAUUUAAAUGUGCCUAUAAGGAGGUGAGAACUAGAAGAAAGCAUCAUGGCUUGGGAUCAGAGCAUUGGUGUUAAAGGCUUUUUUUCUAAUCUUCCUGCUAUUGGCAUUCUUACUAAAAAAUUGUGGUAAAAUUGUCUGAAAAAAAUAAUUAAAUUUUUUUAAAUCGACACAA